AUGCUCGCAUCCGCGGAAUCCGCGCACCAAUCAUCUGAUGUGUUCGCUUCCGGCGUAGAUUCGACGUUGGAAAGAGAGCUAUCAUCGGCGGGACUCACGGGAUUCGCGAGCCUGCUUAAGCACGCCGGGCUCAUUCCAGAGCUCGAACUCCGCGUGCGAUUCGGAUCCGCCCUGACCGUGUUUGCGCCGACCAACGUCGCGCUCAUGCGCGCAGACCCCGCGCUCCUCGCGUUCCUGAAGCUUCCGCGCAACGCCGAGCUGCUCCGCGACGUGCUCCUGUACCACGUGGUCGCGCGGCCCGUGUCCGCGUUCGCGUGGGAAGGCUCGUACGAGACUCUCCAGGGCGCGCCGAUCGCGCUCCACGUCGACGCGCUGGCGUUUCAGGUUGGCGGAACCAGCGUGAAGCAAUACCGCGCGCUCACGCUCUCCUUGACUCCCCUCUCCCCCGACGAGCACCUUUCUGGUAAAGCCGCAGAUUCCACCGCCGCGUCCGCGCAACUAAGCGCCGGGGACACGGGGAGCAGCACGGUCGUGGUUCACACCGUCAACGCGCUUCUCCUGCCUCCCUCCGUCGACGAGCUUCUCUCUCUCACCGCCGGUGAUCUCUCUAUCGUUGGCGGGAUGGGCGAAGGCGGACGGCAACUCGCCGAAUCGUCGGGGUUCGCUAGCGCUUCAGCGUCUGCUCCCAGCGCGUCGCCCCCCCCACCGAGCACGUUCAUGCUGCUCACUGAUGAAUCCGAGCCGCACUCUUUCUACGCGACCCCCGCCUCAUUCUCCGCCUGCUCCCGCGCUGCAUUCUCGUCCGCGGAGCUGGCGCGCGCUACCGCCACGCCCGACGACACCCUGCGCGGAUUCGCGGAAGCGAGACUCGGCGCGCUUAGCGGUCCCAAGUCACGCCCCACCAGGGGAUUCCACGCUCGCGGGAGCGAAGGUUUCGCGAAAUGGGAUGCUGCGCGCGCGGUAGACUUGCUGUAG